CAGACCCAGUCCCCCCCAGUCUCUCUUAUAUUUCCUCCAAUCUAUCCUCGGAGUCAUAUACCAUACGUUCACUAUCCCAAUCUAUACUAUACACCCUACAUUACUGUAAAACAUGUGCGGCAUCUUAGGUCUCCUCCUUCAUGAUCCCUUAGCUACCCAGACCGCUCUUGCUGGUUCGGAGAUUUGUGAAGGACUGUCUUUAUUGCAACAUCGUGGUCAAGAUGCCGCCGGCAUCGUCACAUGCGGUUCUCACGGUCGAUUCUAUCAAGUAAAAGCGAACGGAAUGGUUCGUGAUGUGUUUGACGCACAAGGUCUCGCUGGUCUAAAAGGUUGGAUGGGUGUCGGUCAUGUGCGAUAUCCUACCGCUGGUAGUUCUGCACAUGCGGAAGCUCAGCCUUUUUAUGUCAAUUCACCAUACGGUAUUGUAUUUGCCCACAAUGGAAAUCUCAUCAAUAUCCCGAAUCUACGACAAUUCCUUGAUGCCGACGCACAUAGACAUAUCAACACUGACUCUGACUCCGAGUUACUCCUCAAUAUACUCGCAAACAAUCUACAAAAAACAGGUAAAAUACGAAUUAACGAAGAAGAUAUUUUCACCGCCAUCGGAGAUUUAAUGUCUCAAUGCGUAGGCGCAUACGCUUGCGUGGGUAUGCUUGCUGGUUUUGGCCUCAUAGCUUUCCGAGAUCCCAAUGGUAUCCGUCCGGUCGGAAUGGCAACCCGUGCUGGUGCCAGAGGAGGUACAGAUUAUCUCGUCGCUAGCGAGAGUGUAGUCGUGGGUGCAUUGGGAUUCAAACAUUGGGAAGACAUACAAGCUGGAGAAGCGGUCAUUAUCACUCGUCAAAAAGUUUGGAGGAGACAAGUGGCUCCUCCACGUAUGUUCACACCGGACAUUUUUGAAUAUGUCUAUUUCGCUCGUCCAGAUUCCACUCUGGAUGGUAUAAGUGUAUAUCGAAGUCGGAUGGCCAUGGGAGAGGCUUUGGGCGAAACUGCGCAACGUGAGCUGAAAAAAGCUGGUUUGGAAGUGGAUGUGGUCAUCCCUGUGCCAGAUACGAGUCGGGUGGCAGCUUUACAAUUGGCUCAACAUCUGGGCCUUCCAUACAGAGAGGGGUUCGUGAAGAAUCGUUAUGUAGGGCGAACGUUCAUCAUGCCUGGACAGAGUCAAAGACGCAAAAAUGUGCGGAGAAAACUGAAUGCUAUGCCCAUGGAGUUUGCGGGUAAGGUGGUCAUGUUGGUCGACGACUCUAUCGUCCGAGGAACCACAUCCGAAGAAAUCGUCCAAAUGGCCAAAGACGUAGGUGCCAAAAAAGUCGUCUUCGCCUCCUGCGCACCACCCAUUAGAUAUUCCAACGUAUACGGUAUCGAUAUGCCCUCACCGCAUGAACUGGUGGCUCAUAAUCGUACAACAGAAGAAGUGGCCCAACAUAUCGGUGCCGAUUUAGUCAUCUAUCAAACCCUGGAAGAUCUCGUUUGGUCAUGCAGACAAUUCAACCCUCGCAUCGAGCAUUUCGAUUGUUCCGUAUUUACUGGCGAGUAUGUGACAGGAGGAGUCGAUGAGAGAUAUUUGGAGCAUCUGGAGAAGUUAAGGAAUGAUAAGGCCAAGUUGAAGAAGAGGUUGAGUAUGAUGGAAGAGAUGGAAGUUUUAGCGGAUUCAUGUAAUGGGCCAAUGAACGGCGCAGACUCUCUGAUCGGAUUAUCAAAUCAUUCUCCUCAAAUAGGAGCUACGGCGAUGCCCUCACCGAACGAUACGGUCGGGUUACAUAACUCAUGGUUCGGCUCAUAACCUACUUUGCUCCGGCCAAAAUGUCAAAUGUCAAACGUGGAAUACAGAGAAGGACAAUGAGGAUGUUGUGGAUCAGGAAGGAAUGUUGGAUCGAGUAAGAAAGAGGAGGAGGGUCGUAUCAUAUCUUGUCGUCUCAUUGUAUAGUCAGUGUCAAUCU